UGAGGGAAUGGGUGCUGGUUAAGGUAGCUGUGCUGGGCUGGUAACCCACCUGCCUCUUCAGGAGCGGCCAGCGGCUUUCAUUUUGCAUUUCCCGUGUCUGACACUGUGGGAGUCGCUAGUGGAUGGGUUUACAAGAGCUGUUUGUGGAGACCAUCGCGAAAGAUGCUUACUGCUGUGCUCAACAGGGAAAGAGGAAAACCCUGCAGAGGAGAGAUCUGGAUAAUGCAAUAGAAGCCGUGGAUGAAUUUGCGUUUCUGGAAGGGAACAAUAUGAGCCCCUCACCAGAAGCUGAACAGAUGCCAGCACCAUGCUCUUGGACUUCCAAAACUGCAAUGUCUGGAGAAGCUAAGGGAGAUCGUGCCAAGGAGCAAAGGACGCCUUCCUUUCCUGGUCCUUGAGCAGCUCUCAUGUGGAUGAUUACAGUGCUCUUUGGAUUGGGAUCCCUUGUUUCAUCUGCCUCCAUCCCAUCUAUCCACCUGCCACUCUGCAGCCAGAAUGAAAUCUGAACUCUGCAAACCAGAGCACGCCACUCGUAUGCUUAAACUCUUCUCAGUGAUUAGAGAUAGAGCCUAUGUAAAGAGAAGAACCUGGCUUUCAUAAGAUAAAUUUACAUAAUAUUGUGGAAUUCUCUCUUAAAGACUACAAAAUAUUCAUUUUGCAAACCUUAUGAACACAUUGCCAGGUACACAGUGUGCAGACACAUCAUUAGCAAAGGGCUAAGUUGAGAUUUGAACCGGCAACCUCCAUCUACUGUCUCAGAGAGUGGGGCCUAGCAUCAGAGUCCACUACUAACUUGCCAUGUGACUAGGGCCAAGUUGCUUAAUCUCACCUGUCUCUGUCAUCAGUGUAAACAGGAAUGGUAACAGUAUCCACCUCAUUGUGUUGCUGCAGGGAUUAAAAUAUUUACUAUACAGGAAGCACUUAGUUUCUCACACAUCCUAACCAAGCAACAAACCUUAGCUAGCGGUUAUCACAUCUCUGAUUACCACUUGCCUAGUCUCCGUAUGAUCUUUAAGCUUUUAGAAUUAGGACAAACAUUUUUCAAAGGAGGGGUGUGACCAUUCCCCAGGAGGCCCACGGUGCCAUCAGCAGUGCGUUCACCAUGAUCCCACAGCCAUUCGCCUCGCCAAGUGACAGUGUGACUGAAUAACUCGUGCCUUUUCUGACACACCUCUCGGACGGCCAGCUUCGCCCGCUGCCCUGACCACCUUGUUUGAAGGAGCUAUCACCAAGCGCUCUGCCCACCAACACGGGGCUCCCUCCAAGUUCCCGUCAGGCCCCAGCCCUCGUCCUCGGCUCGGGUUUGUAUUGAUUCUAUCUCAUCCUUAUUGUUCACAGAAUAAAUUGCUUUC